UUGGCAACAGGACUCGGAAAUCAGACGAGGACUGCUGCUGUGUGAUUUCAGCGAUUCCGGACUGUUCUGGCGAAAGAGCAAUCUUGAUUUAACAUGGCAGACAAAAAAGCGAAGGAAAAGGAUCCCAUUGACAUCGUUCACCAGAAUGCCAUCCACGUCGAGACGAUUUUGAAAGAAAAAAGAUGUCAGAAGCUGUAUACAAAGUUCAGCAUCAACCCAUACAAGAAACUUCACGUUUUGACGGAUAAGCCCAUGUCGACGAACACUCACGAGCAGAUGGAGGCGGAUCCUACAUUCCUAAGGAUAAUUCAUGGAGCGCACCUAGAACCAACAAAGAAGUACACUUACCCAAUGACGGAAAGCCAAGAGAUUGGCUGGAUAUCUACUCCUCUGAUCGUGUCUGACCGCAGUGACCGGAGACUCAACUUCCCCCGGCAGAACUCCGAAAUCACCAAGUAUAUGGAUGCUGCAUGGCGCCUCAAAGAACAGACCCAAAACCUGCGCUAAAAGUCACACUGCUGACACAAGGAACAGCUACUCUAUAAAUCAAAGACUGUUGACAGACAA